CGGAAGUGGCCUCACCGAAGUCGGCAACAGCUGGUCCAACACUGAUGAGCCGGGGGUGGAGGAGAACGGCCCGGGGCUCUCAGGCCUUUAUAAAAGAUCUGAUUUGUUUGGGGAGAAGUUGAUGCUCAUGUGUACAUCUGUUUGAGGACUUGCAGACAUGGACUUCCCCGGGUCUCCACGCAGGGCACCUCCUCGCCUUCGAUUCUUUGCUCAGUACACACACCAUCAUUUGGCGGUUUUCCUCCUGACUUUUUUCAGUUACUCGCUGCUCCAUGCCUCCAGGAAAGCAUUCAGCAAUGUGAAGGUCAGCAUAAACAACCAGUGGACCCCAUCCAGCCUAAACCUUUCCAUGUCCGUUGUGGACCCAAACUCGAGUUGGAAUGGCAAUCACCUCUUCCCAGACGCCGAUUCUGCCACCAUCUUUCUGGGCCUACUAGACACCAUUUUCCUCUUUUCCUAUGCAGUGGGUCUGUACAUCAGCGGGAUUAUAGGUGACCGGUUAAAUAUGCGUUACGUACUCACUUUUGGCAUGUGUUCGUCGGCUGUGACUAUGUUUGUGUUCGGCACGCUCACAGAGUGGCUUCACUUCUAUAAUAAGGUUUUCUACUGCCUCGUGUGGGUGAUAAAUGGCCUACUACAGUCCACAGGCUGGCCCUGUGUGGUCGCUGUCAUGGGGAACUGGUUUGGAAAAUCUGGACGUGGCCUUGUGUUCGGACUCUGGAGUGCCUGCGCAUCCGUUGGAAAUAUUUUGGGAGCAUUCCUUGCAUCAUCUGUUCUAACAUAUGGCUAUGAGUAUGCGUUCCUGGUAACGGCGUCUGUGCAGUUUGCUGGUGGAAUAAUCAUCUUCUUUGGCCUGGUGACAUCUCCUAAGGAGUUGGGUCUACCAGAUGCCGGAGAACGGGAGGGUGAGAGCGGAGACCAGGAGGAAGAGGCUAACCGACCUCUAAUCAGUGAAGAUAAUGAGGUGGAUAGUGAUGCAAAUGAUUCUAUCCAGGCUCGGGAUACACCCAGUGCACCUAAAGCGAUCAGUUUUGUGCAAGCCUGCUGUUUACCUGGAGUGCUGCUGUAUUCCCUGGCCUACGCCUGUCUGAAGCUGGUGAAUUACUCCUUCUUCUUUUGGCUUCCCUUCUAUCUGAGCAUCAACUUCAGCUGGAAAGAGGCGGAGGCAGACCAGCUGUCUAUCUGGUAUGACAUCGGAGGAAUCGUAGGAGGAACAAUCCAGGGGCUCAUCUCGGACAUCCUGCAGAAAAGAUCGCCUGUUCUGGCUAUAAGUCUGGUGUUUGCGGUGUUAUCUCUGUUUGGCUACAGCCGCUCCCCAAAUAACAAGCCCCUGAAUGCUGUGCUAAUGACAAUCACAGGCUUUUUCAUCGGAGGCCCCUCCAAUAUGAUCAGCUCAGCAAUCUCUGCAGACCUGGGCCGCCAGGAGAUGGUGAGAGGCAGCAGUGAAGCCCUGGCCACAGUAACCGGCAUUGUGGAUGGAACUGGAAGCAUGGGAGCUGCUAUUGGUCAAGUUCUGGUGUCGGUGAUCCAGGCAAAACUUGACUGGAUGUGGGUCUUUUAUUUCUUCAUUCUCAUGACUUUCCUUGCCCUCCUCUUCAUCAUUCCACUCCUCGUGCGGGAACUGAGACCGGUCUGGAGAAACCGGCGUAUGUCCCGCCUGGCCGGGUGACAAUUAAAUUCACUGACACCUGUUCACAUCCACACGAGACAAUCGGAACCCAAUUUGGGAGUCCAGUAAAGACCAGGAACAAGAAAGGAAAAGAGUUUGGUGUGGAUAGCGUCCGUCAGUUCUAGUAAUCUA